CGGAAGGAUCAUCACUCCGCUCUUAUCCGAAAUAACGAGAAUGAGAAAUACUUUUCCUGCGGGAGGAUCUGGGCGGUAAUGUCCUUCGACGAGGUACGUCGGUUUCACGAAAUUUCGUCGACGUUUGUGCUGGGGGCUUUGACUUUGGAAAUAAAAUUGUUUUUUUCCCCUCCGCGUAACAUCUCGCGUAGGAAAGUGAUAAGGUGAAACAGUUUACGGUAUAGAAAGAGAUGGAUAAGGUGAAUCAGCCGGAGGGCAAAGCAGAGGGGGGGGGGUAAAGAAAGACAUGCCCGAGCUGCACGCUGCGGCGAAGCGCGAGUAACAGUGGGUCAGAUAUUGGAUAAGAAGAAAGCGGCCUUGCACUACUUUCUUCCGUUAGAUAAUCUUCGGUAAUGGAUAUGCCCAAGCCCGGGUAACGCGUUACACCGUCAACUCGAUGCUACCGACUUGUAAGAGCCUCCUGCCUCGCCACCUUCCCUCUUCGGAAAAUAUUCUACCUCCGGUUCGCCAUCGUUCGGCUGUUUCGACUUUUUCUUUUUUUUUUUUCUUUCGACGAGAUUCCUCAUCUCGGUAUCUCAAUCCCACGAAGUUGAAUUUCCCCAGUCGAUCGCGCCGGGUUAUUCAUUUGAUUUCGUCAUUUCGUCAGUCGAUGUAACAUCCUUCGAUUAAUCAUACGAACUUCGCUGUUUCAGAUUUGUUCUUUUACUUUUCACUUUUCCGCGGAAUGCUUUACGUAAGGUUUGUUUGUGUUACCCGGUUGUUCGCGUAUGUAACAAAAUAUCAAACUGGGACAAAGAAAAGAACUUGGAACGUCGCGAGUUCAGUGGGUCAAGGCUGUAGAGAGAGUUUCAGAGUAAAUCUUUACCAACGCCGAGGAAAGCCGAUGCUCCGUUGCUGCUGCCGCCGCUGCACCUGCGGAGAGAAAUACGUACGCAAGCCCACGAUUAGAAGAACGACGAUUAAAAUUAGAAGGUGAGAAGGAGGUGCGCGAGGAACGUGAUGAAAUACGUCGCACAAAAAAGGUGAACCAUUAAUACCCUUCCUACGCAGACUCCACGAAUCGUCGAAAGUCGAAAUACACAUUCACGAUUUUCAACCAAACGCUUCGACGAUUGUCCGGCAUUAUUGAACUAGCGGUCGUGAAUGUCUGUGUACAGUAAGUACAUACGUCUAAUACGUAUGCGUGUAUACCAUGUGUAUUUAGGUACACGGUGUUUCGUUUUUUUUCUUCUCUUCUCCUUUUUUUCUACUUUUUUUUUUUUUUUUUUGCUGCGUUGCGCAAUCCAGGUGGGUUUCGGAUUGCGUCAACUCAUGUUAUAAUCUUACACGAAGAAUCUUUCGACCAUUUCUAUGCGAUGCCGCGACCUUAUGGCGGAUGGUGGACUACGAACGCACCGUUAGAUCAAUGUUUGUGGGACAAAUUUGCAUACCGGGUCUCGGUUAUACCUCUACCAUUCGCGAUACGUGCGCUUACACAUCUUGCGCCAAGUUUCACGCUGUAUUCAAUCCAAAGUUGCCGAUUAACGGACGGUAUCGAGACCGAUGAUCGUUAGAGAUGAGGUAAUAAUCCACCUCGCAUUGCGUCAUUUUGCAAAUCCGCGGGAGCUACAGCCUCUUAAAAAGAUAUUUGCCGUUUUACGGUAGCGUCGAAUAAUCUCAUCUCGACAGGUACAAGGUAUGAAAUUUGUUUUUUCGUUUGGUUUCGUUUUGUUUUUUUCUCUUUUCUUUUUCUUCUUUCGCUAAUGAACGCGAUUUCCCAUUCAGAUGAUGUAUGAAUGAGUGUAUAGAUUACAAUUAUUGUCCAAUUUGUAUGGGCUCCAAAAACAAUCGUUGCAGACCGAAUGACUUCCGGUUAUACGAAUACACACACACCGAACUCGCGUGACAACUGCAUCCGCUCUUUUGGAUUACAAUACGCCGUAUCCGAAUAAUCAACUUUUUAUGUACACAGUGUGUGUGUAUAGAUACUUAACUGUAGUUGCUGAUUUCAAUACCGCGAGAUUAUUAUGUAACAGGUUAUACGUACCGUCGUAAGUGUGAUCAGAAGGCAAAAAAAAAAAAAAAAGAAACCGUAGAAAGUGAGAAUCUCUCGGUACUUUCUCGCCCCGCUAAUUCCAUAAUUUUUACUAAUGAAAUUCAUUAUCGUGUAAUUUCGGAAGUCCGGAAGGCGUGCGGAGGGAAUCGUCGCGGUGUUCGAUUUAAGGUGGAAAUAAAUCAUCUGGAAUUGAUCGGCUGCACAGUCGGGUGAAACGACGCGUCGUCGGAACGGAGUCGGGGGGUCAUCGGGUCGUUCGGAUCGAAUAAUGAAUUCGAUCGACCGCGUAUGGAAUAUAAAGUCAAGGUCGUUGGGAAAGAGGUGUAGGUCGUCGUGUGCAGCGGUAACCGAGAAGAAGGCGAGACGUCGACCGUUCUUCGGCAUCCUUAGAGAAACUAUACGCGAAGCCCGGAAUGAAUAUAAGAGCGAAUAUCGCCCGUUAGCGGGAACGGGAACGGUACAGUGGUGAACUGUUAUCCUCCCGACGGGACCUGGCCGAGCUGCGUCAGUCCACACCGCCUCCGAUUGCUCUCAGUUUGCAUUUAACGUCGUUCAAUGGGUCUUAAUAUACCGAGUGCUGCAGCCCGACCGAGACAACUUCCAGUUUCAAUACACCCGAGUAUUAUCCGCGGGAAUCCGAUUCCCGGGGGAUGCCGCGCCGCUAACUACAGUCGUAAAUUAAAACAACGGUGGUUAAAACGUACCGCGGUUGACGUUCGAUCGGACCGUCGACGACGCCGUUAAAACAAACGAAGAAAAAGAGAAAAAAUAUAGAAAAUCAUUACGAGUGAAAAAGCGAGGGGUACCUAUACCUGUGUACACACGGAAACGUAUCACCGACAGGUAUUCCUGCACGUGUGACGUCAUAGAGAUAAAAUUAAACGAGCUUACGUGUCGGUCGUUUGUACAAGUGAAAUGAUGAUGAUUGCCGUGUGCGGUGUGAGGUGACGAUCGUUUUUGGAUUAUUCCCUUUUUUGUCCAUUCGUCGUCAUUCUCUUUUACCUGUUUUGAUAAGUUUUGAUUGCACGUACGUCGAAUGUACGUUACAGCAACUCAAAUAGAGUUAACUCUGGUGAAAUAUAAGAAAUGCCCAACCAAGCUGAUUAAACAAAUUUCAUUCCCAUUCGUUCAGAAAAAAACAUAUUUGAUCAUCUUUAAUAUCAGUGAUUUUGUUUUUCCCUAUAAAAUUUCCGUGCACGUUUCACAAUCUUUUUCUUCGAGUUUUAGUGAGUUUGGGAGAAUAUUUCCGUCAAUAUUUUGCCAAUGAGACACCCUCUUCAUCCCCUGGUCUAGAUUGAAUAGUUUUCAACGUUUUAUUGCGCACAAGGGUACGACAUAACCGGGCAAUAAUUUGCUCCAAUUUCGACGUAAAACUGACCAAUCGGGCAGUAGGUGAACACGGAAAUAUCCCAUGUAAUAUAAACGAGUAAAUAGGGUUUGCACAUUUUAUUUCUAUAUAACAAUGAGCUGGAUUUUACUGUCGCAAGAAACUGUACGUAUAGGGGUGCGAGUUGGACGUUAGGUAGAAAAUGGCCUCACGAUAAUAUUGCCCCAAUUUUCGACCUUCGAUUUAUUGUCCGUGAUCCCGCAUAGAAAGUAGAGUCUAACUAAAUUCAACUGAAAAAUUCAUAAACAGCGAAGUGGUUUAGAAGUUUUCCAUUGUACUUUUGCCGGCGCUGACGAGGCACGAGCGUUUUUUUUCCUUGAACGAACAAAUUGUGCAUAAGAUAUCCGAAUCGUGUAAAAAAUGCGAUUUCCUACCCCAGAGUUGAAAAGAAUCAAAAGAUUGCAGCCGAAGAGUCUUCUACCGAUGCCUUCGAAAUACCGAUGAUACUUCGCAGAAUUCGCACGCGAUGCUUACACAGGACCCGCGGCACGUACGGCGUGAAAUUACUCGUACAUUUUCUCCUAUCGCAUAUUGUUGUCCGGUGAAAUGAGUCGGUAUACACGUAAUCAUCGAUAUAACCGGUAAAUAUCGCGCCUGUCCCACAACGAUAUAAAUUCCCUCUACCCCUCUGCCCCUCUACCCCGUCCCCCGGUCCCUCAAUUUCAUCCCUCCUCUUUCCUUUCUCUUCGAUACACCACUCGGGUAUUUUAUAAUAGCUAUAUCUGUCCCCCCGUGUAUUACAGACACGAUCAUAAAGGCCAAGGUGCCAUAUUACUUCGCUGUACAAAGUCAAGGGCCUUUCUCCGUUCGUUUCCCACGUGUCCAACUUAUACACGCGGCAUUAGGCGCCCGGUAUCAUCGUGCGUGUACUUAUUAUAAUAUUGAAAUAUCUAAUUCGUCGACGUUGGCGAUGCGCAUAUUUUAAUGCUCUCCUUGCGUCGUUACAUUGAUUAUCGUCGUUCGAUACCUGUACGAGUUUAUACGGAAUUCGAAGUCGAUCGUGUACUCGCGGUUACCUACCUACCUACCUACCCACCUAUCUAGCAACCUGCGUUUUAUUCGCGACGGUCGUAGGGAACGAACGGACAGACGAAGAAGACAGACGGAUAGACAGACAGACGUACAGACGGACGGACGGACGGACGGACGGACGGACGAACGGACGGACAUGGCGAUGCCCGGGCAACGCUCCCGCAGUGCCGGGGCCAACUAACGGUCCUCGCCAUCUCCAUACCUCGCUCUCCACCUUCUCCACCUUCGGCAACAGUCGCCAUUCGAACACGUAUAGAUGACGCCUAGACGACGUGCCGAUCGUGAUGGAAAAAAAAAAUUAAGAAAAGAAAAACACAAGCGGGAGAGAGGAAAUAUAUAGCAGAGGUACGAGGGAACGACGAAGGAGAGAAAAAAUCGAAUAUACGUGUAUACGUAUAGUUUGAUUAAUGAAAUGAAAUUUCACAGAAGCCAGCGGUUAUGGUAUGGUGAAUUUGUAAGUAUGUAUCUGCAAGUGGGAAAUUAUUUUCUACGUAACAACGCACACGCUACGGUACGAGGGAAAUUAAUAUAGGAAGUAUUUUUCUACCGUUGCCCGUGUAUCCGUGUAAAUUCAUGUGUGACACACGUGUGCGUGUAGAGGAAACGCGUCACGGACGAAGAAGACAUGAACGACUGUCCCGUGUCCGUGACGGUUCGGGCAGCCGAUGCGAACAGAGAAAUACGUAUUAUGCGGGAAUAGAAAUACAGCCGGUACCGAAACACCUGUUACUCCACGGCUGUGAGGUCCCCGGGCAAAGUCAUGUCCGGAAUGAAGACGAGAAUCUUCGGUAUAAUGGAAUAAACUAAUCAUUAUUUGCAUUUUGCAGGGGGCACGAUACCGGACGAAAGCGGUUUUCCGCACGAAGUCUCGAAGUUUUUUGAUAAUUUUUCUUCUCGUUUUUCCCUCGAGCGAAUACGUCGUCGGGUCGUCAAGUUUCGCGGAAUGUUUAACGUCUUUGAAGAAUUUCCAUCGAUCCCGGGAAAAGAUAUCAUCGUGGUCGUUCAACCGGGCGAAGAACAACGCUACCGCAGAUUUUGUCGGACCUGAUAGUCGAGGGAGAGGGAGAAAAGAAAAAAAUCGAGAGUGAACGAAAAAAAGAUCUACCUGCCGCGAUGAAAGAGAUCUCGAAUUACGAAAAAACGAUCCCUCCCGCACACCAGCCCUCUGCACCUCUGCGAGGAUAUUCAACGAUUCUAUAAUGAUACCCAAAUGCAAAAAAAAAUACGAGGGGGAGUAGAAAAAAAUUUUCGGUAAAAAAUAUUGGUGGUAAGUAGAGAAAAAAAAAAGUAUACUAUAGAUUGAUGUAGUAUAAAUUGAAGAAGGAAGAUAACAAAAAAGUUCCGGGUUCCGGGUUUUUAAUAACGAAAGGACGUCAUGUGCUUCACGGUGGUGAGAAUUUUCCGACAGAUUUUUUUUUUUUUCUUCUCGUACGUCGCAUCGUGUGAAAUAAAAAAUCGAAUAAACGAAUGAAAAAAAAAUGUUCUUGCUUCCUGUGUUUUUCUUCAUAGGCAAUUUCGAGAUGCAGGACCAGUUGUUGGAGAGAUCAUGCAUACGAGUAGCCGGAUCUCGCACCGGUGGCCAGCUUUUCUUCAUUUUUAUGAUUACCUUUUUUUUUCUCUCUUCUGUUCUUCUCUUCUUUUUAUCCUCGAGGAUCAUCACUCUUCGACCGUAUUAGAACGGGCCCCGAGUCAACCGGAAUCAAUCUCCGAGGACGAAGACUGCAGAGUCGACUUUUCGAUAUUUUUCCUGGGGAUGUACAAUAAACAUUUCAAACGUCCGUCAUUAGAGUCGGAGUAAAAAUGACGUCUCGUAAAGCACAUAAUCGUUCGUGUAAUUUACAAGUCUGUGAGUCGAUGCCGAUAAGUAGGCGGUUCCUGCGACGCGAAGUCUGGUCGGUAGCCCUCGUAAAUCAGGAUCCUUUUGAGAAAAGAAGAGAAUAAAAGGAAAAAACAACCUUGGAGUCUAACUUAUUUGCGGGCUUUUUUUCUGGGCCUCCCGCAAACUAGGAAUAAUCUUACAUCACCGCGCACCCCGCCCACGAAACCAUUUUUCGCUUUUAAUUGUUUUUGCACAGCGGGCGGAAGACCCGGAAGAAUAACUCGAGGACAAAAAUUGGAUCAUCACCCGCAGCUAAGCGCCCCGAGAUUUAUUUUCCGCUCCUCUUUUGCGACGUAUAAAUUAAUUUUUGAGUUCAGUCGUCAUACAGUUUCGUUAACAUUUUUUUAACGACCUUAACAGGGAAAAUGUUCUUCACUCCCGAGGGUUGUGAUAGUAUAGUUCGCCCAAAAUGAACAGUGGUGUAAAAACUAUUGAAAAUUGCCCGUAUCGAAUAUCGCGCGGAAAUUCGCCGCCCGGUACAAAAGAAAUAUGGUAUAUAAAAAAAAAAAAGGAACCUUCUAGCCUCCCUCCCACAAUGGAUUUUUUCAAUAUCCUCCCAGAUCCAUCCCCCGCUAAUACCGGUGCGGAUGAAUUUCGAUGUAUCCUGAUGCUCGGGGUGCCGAAGUACGUAAAAAUAGGUGUACGCGUACGCGUAUAAUGGGUGCUGCAGGUGAAUAGUUCGCCGGUUUUUCUUUACUCGGAUUUUAUACAAUGCGCGUUCGAACUACCGGGAUGAGAGAAUACAAGGUAGACUCACCAAGCCAUGGGGUAUACCAUUACAUUACGGCGUCGCAUGCUGUGAACUUGCUUGUCCCGCACUCCCUGCACGGUCCUGUCUUCCAAUAGUUUUUCUUCCUUGUUUACCCAUUGUUCAAUUUUCCACGUCUUUCCGCAACGCCGCCCGAGAGCGACUUGAACCCUGUGCGACGACUCACCUUUCCGGGAAAUAUGGGAAAAUUCCUUCGGCAAUUUUAUAUUAUACCCCCCCACAUAAUGAGACAUAUGUCUACGAUGUUGAAAAAAAUUACCCAUUCGCGCGCUUCGUACUCAUAACUUUUGGCAAUUCGAAUCGCUGUACGCUCCAAAUUGGAAAAUUAUCGUUUAGAAAGUUUGCUAAUAUCGAGUCAUUAAUUCAAACGGUUAAUUGCAACGCAAAGAGUUCAACAAGUUGCGAUAUGGAUUGCGGGGUGAACAAUUCGGUUUACGCUCGCUUGAUCUAAUCGCACCGACUCGGUCAUUAGUCGAAGGAAUAUAUUAAUAUGCUGCUCUGUAUGUAUGUAUAUAAGCGUGCAAUAUACACACUCACGGCUAACUCGCUCGUUUCGAAUAUACGUACACCAUUCUUAAUUAGGUUAAUUAGCAUAUUUAGUUCAUUUGGUUUGUAAAUCUGACCAAAUAGUUGCACGGCAGACGCGGUUCUCCGGAUGUUGGGGCGCCCCGUACCCCCUUAUACGAUGUGUGCUGUACUGUGAUACACACUGUGAAUUUCCGUUUGCGCGCAUCCAACAGCUAUGCCAGAUUUUAAUCACCCGCCAACCGGCGUUGCUUCCCGCCUCUUCGGUUACCACUAUUUUAAUCGUAUCUAAAAAAUACAGCGAUGAAAAUAAAUAUCAAAAAAAAUAAAUAAAUAAUCACACGCGUCGUCCGAACGGUGUUCGUUGCAAUUAAAAUAUCAAACUGUACAACGUAUGUAAUGGGAAGAAAUCUUUUUUCUUCUGAAAUUCCGAAGGUGAGAUAAAUUAUUUAACCCACAAGUAUAGCUUUCUCGCUUCUCUACGUACAAUUACAGUUUCGAUAAUUGGUUCGAAUUAUUUUUCCGGGCAGGAAGUAGAUCGUAGAAGAGCCUCCGGGAGAGACGCUCCGUGAGUCUAUAAAUAUACAACUAUCUAAAAACAGGUCCCACUCACGUUUUAUAUCGUUGGGAUAUAAUGACGGGUCGACCCGGUGCAUGUAACGCGAGGAUCGUGAUCUCGUCCGAGGUUUUCAGAUAAUGAAAAUUGAGUUAAAAGGUUCGCGUCGGCGAAGAACGCGAUUCAAUUUACCACCUGUAACGACUGAUUCGAAGUACAGUCGACGGCUUCAACCCGUAAUGCCCCCCGGUAAUAGAUCAGAUUAGCGAGAUACCGGAGCGAUAUUUUCGAUUCCCGGUGCAACGCUAUCCGUUCUAAGGUUAAUGGGAAACGGGUGUUGGUUGCAGCGCUGAAUUGUCCGAGCACUUCCUACGGCAUACCGAUAUCAUUACGUCGCUGUGCGGUGUUAAUGUAUGUUAAUUGACUCGACGGAACGAACCGGCUCCGCACUCCGCGUUCUUCCGCGCCCAACCGAUGCAUGUACGUAUUAUAGGUAUCGGUAUGUAUCCUACGUAUGUACAGCUAUAACGCUAAUGUUGGACGACGUAGCUCAAAGGGUUUACCUAGCUCUCAUUAUCUUUCGCCGACUAAUUGGGACAUUCCUUUUCCGCCCUUAAUUUCCCUCAACUUUAUUCGGCGACGGUAAUUUGCGAAAAUAAUCUCUACCGUUCGAAUUUGAAUAACGCGAAGCUGGUUUUCGGAAAAAUUGUUUUUUCAAAACGAUCAUCGAUCGCGCGCGAUCACCGCCUCCGUCAACUGACCGCACGUAUGCACAUUGUCCGAUGUACGUUCGUAGUCCGUUGCACGGCGUGUUUAUAUUAACAGGAAGUACCGCAGGUAGUUCGUAUCUAGGCCAACAAAUUCUCCCUUGAAUAAUAACGCCUCUCUCCCUCGCCGGUAUAUAGAAAUGUCAUCAUCGACGCGUCAUGUGGUAUUCAAUCCGCGCCCGACAAAUCUGGGAUAGGAUACGAACGAAUGAAUGAACGUACUGUACGGGUAGAUGUGAACAGUGGGACAACGUCGACUUGUAAUGGGUAUGUAGGCGUUGCAUUUCGAUAGAAUAAAAAUAGUGCAUCGCCGUCAGCUCUUGUGACGACAGUUCAUAAGCGGUAAUGACAUCACGAGAUUUCGUGAAGUAAGCACGAAGGAAUUCGGGCCCGUGCAGUCGAUCGAAUUACGUCGUUCGAAUUUGGUUCCUGUGGGGAAUCCCUCCCCUCCCCCCGCCGAUCUUGGGCGCUGCCAAGGAGGGCAUGCUAUAGAAUAUACCUCCUUGGCGCUGAGUAUGCUAUCCUUGGCGCUACUGUUCCAGGAACGGAAGAGGCAAUAGAUCAAGUUCGGCGCUUGCGUGUUAAUUACUUGUCUAUUCCGUGGUGUCGAUUGUCACAUCGCCGCGUGAUUAGGAUUGUUCACCCAUUUGUUUUGGGUAAAUUGAGUAGCGAAUCGUAUCACAUCGGGGAUUCCUGCGAGCUUGCGAUCGCCGGGGGGAUAGGUGGUUGUAAAAUUGUAUCGAUAAUCGCAUUUUCAAGGCUGACGUCGAAUCGCUGAUUUUUAGGCCAUGUGCGGAGAAGGUGGCGCUAAAUUUGGAUGCUCCGGUUGUGUCCGGGAACUUUUGGGACGCCAAAGUGGAUGGAUCGAGUGCAAGUCCAUAAGUUUCCCCGACCACGUUUAUUACUUCAACAUCAGAACGCGAUGCUCAACCUGGAAGAGACCGGUGCCACAGGGUACUCAACUUCCGCAGUUGAGAAGAUAUCAGCAACAGAAUUACAGAAGAUCGCCGGAGAACGAGAACGCCAGGGUCGCGAUGGUAAAUUUUUCUAGUAGCGACGAUUCGGAUUCUCCGCUGGAUGAUUCGCCGCGGUCAGCGUUCGAACUUCACGCGCGUCGCAUGCAAAUAUUUCUGGAAAAUCACGCGGAUCACAGAUUGGCCGAGUUUUACGCUAGCGGCGGUCCCGUCCGCGAAAAGCUCCUCGAAUGUUACAGAAACGCCAAGUACGAACUGGCUCGGCAAUUGGGCGAAAAAUCUAAGAAAAGUAAAGCGCCCAAGCGCAAGGUUCCCGCGAAGCCGAAACCGACUCGUCCGACGAAAAUAAUAAAAGAAUGUAACGGUAUCGUAACUAUAAGCUACGAUCCUCUGCCCCCCGAAAUACCGGAUGAUGCUAAAAUGUCCGAUCUGAGCGAAACCACUGUUAAUUCUCUCAUGAUGCAGUCGGUGGAGAAUUCCGAAGAGGGAAUCGGUAGCGGCGGAAAAACCGUCGUUCCCGGCCAAGGUCGCGAGGCGAGCAUCUCCCGCGAAAAUCGAGGCUUCGACAGCCUCGUUUUCAAAGAGUUAAAUUUGAGCGAUUCGGAUACCACUAUUAGCGAUAUGGUGAUUACGUAAAAAAAAAAACGUAACCGUUGACGCAACUAACCACUGAUAUUUACGCCCUCAUUUCUCCUAGCGUUGAAUAAAGUAAUAUGUGUUUGCCCGACGCGUUGAACCGCGUGUGUUAUUAAUAGAUAAAAGCGUGAAAGUGAUCCGGUGUCGGAUUCAACGUUACUCUGCAUCCGUACAACCGAUUUUUGAUACAACUUCGCACUCGUCGUUAACGCGACAAUUACAAGUUCUUCGUCAUAGCCGAUCGUUGCAUAAUCGACGUUCAAGAGUUCCGUAAUUAUCUUGAAAUUACGGAUUAUAAAAUUUCGUAAAAAUAUUAAUCGUUAAUUUUAUUUUCAUCAAUACCGCGGAUGACGUAGUUUCUAGAAAGAUGCGAUGACUUUAGCUAUAGGUAGCCGUAACCUGUUGAACAGUUACGUCGCCGUUUGAAAUAUUUACGGACAUUCGGAUUGACAUUUCUGAUCAGGUAGCGGAUUAAAUUUGAAUAAUUUGUACCCUGCUCGCACGGACGAUGUGUCGCGCAUUUUUUUCAUUCCCAAAAUUCCGCUUACCUUUUUUGAUACUAAACUACAUAUUUGCGAACUAUUUGUUCAUUCUGCGUUAAAUUUCUUCUAUUUCUAAGUAUUCCCGUACUCGAUGUAGUCGAUACUUCCCGAUAAAUAAAUAAAAUAUC